AUGGCGACUCCUGGGAAACAGCAAAAGGCAAUGUCCUCGCGACUCGCGGGCAUGAAAUUCAUGCAGCGCGGUGCCGCAGCAUCGCCUCCUGCUUCGCCGAUGGGGCCUCCGGCCAAAAAGCAGCGACUUUCCACCGGUUCCGUCAACACAUCGCCUGCCCAAAGUCCGCGCUCCGACAACGACGCGCUCGAGCAGGCGGUAGCAGCACAGGAGAAGAAACGCGAAGAGGCAGUGGCGCGGGAGGGGGCGAUGAAGGGCGAGACAAAAUGGUAUCUAAGCGUGCAAACACCACAGAAGCCGGUUGUGGAAUCUCCUUUGCGAAUAGUGUCCGCAGGAUUCGCCACAUUAGAUGCUACAGACCGGAAACGUGAGCUCGAUCUAGAGCAUGAGGAAGACGACGAGGAUCAAAGUCCAAAACCACCACACAUGCCGGGACGGAUCAGUUUCGGCAAGUUUGGCAGGACGGAGAAGAAGAAGCAAGAUGAGAAUGACUCCGGCUCAGAUGACGAUUCAGAUGAGGACGUUGAUGCUGAAGACGAGAACGGAGAAGACCUGUCGGAGAUUGACAGCCUCAUCGCCCAAGGACGGAAGGAAGCGACGGCUCGACUCCGUGCGCAGAAGAAAGAAGAGAGGAGAGCUGCCAAUGCCGAGGCGGCACGUGCUGCUGAGAAACGAAGAGCACGGGAAGUGGAUCUCAAUCGUCCAACGAGCAUAUCCAAUGCUGGCAAUAAGGACCCGAAGAAUCACUAUGCGAAUAUGGAAUGUUUUACAUGUGGUAAAAAGGGACACCCGAAGGCAGAGUGCCCCAAUAAGAGGACACAGAGGCCAUCGAAACUGCGGCAGUCGUAUUGA